AUGAAACACAGUUCACUUCUGCUUUUGCUGCUCCUUCUGCCGACGUGCGCAGCUGACACCUAUCAAAAUGUGGCCUUGCGUGGAAAAGCGACCCAGUCAACGCGUCUUGCGGACCUGUAUGGAUUUGCCCAAAAUGCCAUCGAUGGAAACCGUGAUUCUAACUACCUGGCUGGAUCAUGCAGCCGCACUGCUAUACAAACCAACCCCUGGUGGAGAGUGGACCUGCUGGAGUCCUACAUCGUCACCUCCAUCACCAUCACCAACAGAGGAGACUGCUGUUCAGAAGAUAUCAACGGGGCAGAGAUUCACAUCGGCAACUCUUUACAGGACGAUGGUGCUGCAAACCCAGUGGCUGGUGUCAUUUCUCAUAUCCCAAUAGGCAGGUCUUUAAAAAUCACUUUUACCAAACGUGUGGACGGACGUUACGUGACUGUGGCUCUACCUGGAUUAAAAAGGGUCCUUACACUCUGUGAAGUGGAAGUCUACGGGUACCGGACCCCAACUGGAGAGAACUUGGCACUCCAAGGAAAAGCCACCCAGUCAUCACUGCAUUCUACAGGCAUUGCAUAUAAUGCCAUAGAUGGGAAUCGUGCCAGCAACUGGAACCAGGCUUCUUGUACUCACACAAGCAAUAACCUUAACCCCUGGUGGCGACUGGACCUGCGCAAAACACACAGAGUCUUUUCUGUUUACAUAACCAACACUCUAGAUUCGGUCCCUACCCGACUUAAUGGAGCUGAGAUCCGAAUUGGAGAUUCUCUUGAAAACAAUGGCAACAACAAUCCCAGGUGCGCUGUGAUCUCAAGCAUCAGUGGAGGUUUCACUCAAGGCUUCCAGUGUAACGGGAUGGACGGUCGCUACGUUAACAUCGUCAUUCCUGGAAGAACCGAGUACCUGAUCCUCUGCGAGGUGGAGGUGUACGGCUCCAGACUGGAUUAG